GCUGAUGCUGGUUGUUGGGUAUGGCAGUGGGGUUGGUCAUUGGACGGUGGCGGUGGCAGGAUGAAGUGGUGGCUGCGACUGUGUAGGGGAGGGCGGUGGGGAGGGCGUAUGUGUCGGGCGGCGGCGGCGGUAGGCACUGGGUGAGAUGGCAGUCACUUGUUUUGAGAUGCUGGGGCGUGAGGAUCGGAGAGGGCAGUCUACUGGAGAUGGAGGUAGCAGUGGGAUAGUGGUGCAGGUAGAGUGGCCGCGGUGUGGGAUGUGCACUGUUUUGUUGGAAAAAGUCGCCGCAAUAAUAUCCGGCGAUCACAAUGACACGUUUCAUGGCGGCAGUGACACAGAUUGUGGAGACAGUGACACAACGGGAUGCAAUAGUGACACGGAUGGUGGCAAUAGUGACACGGGCGGUGGCCCAGUGACACGGGCGGUACGCGGUAGUCACAGUGACAUCGAUGGUUGUGAUAGUGAUAUUCGAUAGUGACAUUAAAUUUGAUCAGUGACAUUAAAAUAUGGUAAUGACAUGAAUAUGACUUUUUUAGUCACAUUUUUGUCUAAAUGUAAAAGAGGUCACAUUUUAGGAAAUCAGACUUAAUUUAGUAAUAUUCAAGGAAUAACCCCUAACUAUUUUAGCUACACUUUCAUACAAUUUUAGAGUUUUUUGGAAAAUAUUACUCCCUCUGUAUCACUUUAGUUGUCUCACUUUCCUUUUUUGAUGUAUCAAAUUAAUUGUUUCAUUUUUCUUUUUGUAAAGAAACUCACUCAAAAGGCAAAUACAAUACCGUUAC